GCAAGAUGACAUAUAGCAAAUGUCGGAGCAUAAUUCAUUCACGUUUUCGCCUCGGAUUCGGAUUUAAAUCGCAUCGCUGGAGCUCCAAUGUGACGAUGGCUCGUUAGGUACUUGGUGGCGCAUCUGCGAUUUUCUUUAAUCCCCGCCCGAUAUUUUGAUUUAUGAAAAAUCACAUUCACAGACAAAUAUUGGUUUCAACAUGGGGCUGUGCUACAGUUUGCGUCCCCGGCUCUUCGGGGACCUAAGCGGCUCUAUCUCCAACGCUACCUCGGACUCGGACCAGCCUCCGGACGCCGCUGCCGUGCCAAGCCGAGCCGCGGCGGCUCGCCAGGAGGACACAGGGGGAUGUGGGGAGACUUCAUCGCUACGCGGCAGCGGAGGAGGAGGCCUGGUGCGCCCUGGGGACCCGGCUAGGGACCACCGCCGCGGGGACACCGGGACAGACGGGGUGCUUAUACAAAACGGGGGCGGCGGCGGCGGAGGAGGCAGCAGCGGCAAGGGAUCGGGAAAGGAGCGCAGCCGACGCUUGCAGCUGCUGCAAAAGACAAGCACCCAAAAGCAGAAACACUGGGACAAACUGCUGGUGGAGGAGAAGGAGGCCGAGAAGGAGGCGAAGAAAGUCAGUAAAAACAUUGACAGGGCGCUGAGGGAGCUCAAGCGGGAGUAUAAACAGACGCAUCGGCUGCUGCUGCUCGGUGCGGGAGAGUCCGGAAAAAGCACCAUUGUGAAGCAGAUGAGGAUUCUACACGUCAACGGCUUCAACGCUGAAGAAAAGAAACAGAAAAUACAGGAUAUUCGGAAAAACGUGAAGGAUGCCAUAGUGACUAUAGUGUCUGCGAUGAGCACUUUAAUACCCCCAGUCCCAAUAGCCAAUCCAGAGAACCAGUUUAGGAUCGAAUACAUCAAAAGCAUAGCACCACUAUCGGACUUUGACUAUCCACAGGAGUUCUUCGAUCACGCAAAGAAGCUGUGGGACGAUGAAGGAGUGAAGGCAUGCUUCGAGAGAUCCAACGAAUACCAGCUCAUCGACUGCGCACAAUAUUUCUUGGACAGAAUUGACUCUGUAAGACAGAGUGACUACACACCAACAGACCAGGAUCUUCUACGCUGCCGAGUGUUAACGUCAGGGAUUUUCGAGACGAGGUUCCAAGUAGACAAAGUCAACUUUCACAUGUUUGAUGUUGGAGGUCAGAGAGAUGAAAGGAGAAAAUGGAUCCAGUGCUUUAACGACGUCACUGCUAUCAUCUUCGUGGUGGCCAGCAGCAGCUAUAACAUGGUAAUAAGGGAAGACAAUAACACCAACAGGCUACGGGAAGCACUGGACCUUUUCCGCAGUAUUUGGAACAACAGAUGGUUACGCACUAUAUCUGUCAUUUUAUUCCUGAACAAGCAGGACAUGCUGGCUGAGAAAGUAUUAGCUGGAAAAUCCAAAAUUGAGGACUAUUUCCCCGAAUACGCUCGAUACACCAUACCAAAUGAAGCAACUCCUGAACCAGGCGAAGACCCGAGAGUGACGCGAGCCAAAUUCUUCAUCCGAGAUGAGUUUCUUCGGAUCAGCACUGCGAGCGGCGACGGCAGACACUACUGCUACCCCCACUUCACCUGCGCCGUGGACACGGAGAACAUCCGGCGGGUGUUCAACGACUGCCGGGACAUCAUCCAGAGAAUGCACCUGCGGCAGUACGAACUCUUGUGAUGGACGACAGAGACACGUCCCUCUCUCUCUCUGUUGGCCCCUCUGUGUUUCCUCUCUGCAAUUCUGCAUCCUUGAAGAACCCUUUCUACUCCCCCUCACAAAGCCCACAAAGAGACCCUCAGAUCACCCCUCCUGUCAAGGAAUAUGAAGUACUACUGAAGUGUGUCAAAUCCUCUUCAUCUUUUCAACUUUUUUGGCUUUUUUUUGUACCUUCUUUAUUUCUUGAUUUAUCCCCUUUAAUCCGAUGUUAUUGGAAGUUUGGGGAACAAAGUUGUCACGUGCUGCUUCUUGAAUAUUUUUUUGAAUCCUUCCCUUUUUGAAUGCCUUCAUUUUUGUCAUUCCACUAAGCCUUGGGCUACCUCCUGAUUUUAUUUAGAUUCUUUUUUCCCCGCUUGUUGUAUUUUAAAAAUUUUUUGGAUCUGCUUUGGUGGGUGUGAAACGAAAAAAACAAACACACCGACAGGACCUCAGUGUAGAGGCAGGAAUGAACCACCACCAUACCUUCACCGCCUCCUCCUUCGACCUUCUUCGCUCCGCCCUGAAGACGAGAGGACGGAGAGGAACCAUUUCUUUUAAAGUUCUUCUUUUUUGUUGUUUAUUUUAUUUCUCCAGAGGAAACAUACACACAAUGUAGCAUCAUAAUAUUUAUUACCCACCCUGUCACGAUGUUGGCUUGCCGAGCUGCAGGGUGGGACCCAGCAGUCGAAAGACUUGUGGAGCGAGAGAUGAGAUUUAAAAAAAAGAGGGGAAAGAGGGGCAGGAAAUAACGCGAUGACGACUGAGCUCUCUGCACCUUAGCCCUGCUGCCUCCACGGACUUGAACCGGCGUCCUUUUCUUGUUUUGUUGUUUUCCCACCCUUUAUAGCUUAGAGAUACUGAACAGGAGGAGGGCAGGAGGGGAAAAAUGUAUUUGUUGGGUUUUUUUGUUAACUUGUACACUGUGCAAGGUUGAAUUAUCCUGUACAGACUGUAAAAUGUAAUAUUAUUUUGUACAACUUAAUUGAAAGAAAAACAAAUCUACUUGUAGAUCUUUGUGCCUUGAUUAUGGCUGUACCUGUAAAUGAGCUCAGAUGUAAGUAUGUUUUCGACUGCGCUGUACAGCUUGAUGUCAAAAUCUCUAUCGGCAGCGAAGAGACUGCGGGUAGGGGACUUUCUCUGUAGAGUUUAGUUUUUUUCUGGUUUAUAAAAAUAAAGGAAAUGCUGUUUAUUAAAAAAUGGGGGGGGGAAAAAUAGGGACAAAAAAAAUCCUAAAAACCUGUAUACAUUAUGCAAAUUAACCACUUAUCUGCAGUGAAGACCAGAUGUUGCAGCGCCAUGCCUUUUCUCUUUCUUGUUUUAAUUUCACAUAUAUAUAUAUAUGUAUAUAUAUAUAUAUAUACAUAUAUAUAUAUAUAUAUAUAAUUUUUUUUAUUUUAUUUCUCAACUUUAAACAGACAUUGGAAAAUCCAUUGAAAGUGUCCAAAUUGCAACCUGGUGUUGUUUUGAUAGGAACCAACUUACUGUUUGUGUUUGUUUUUUUUUUUUUUGUUUUUUUUGUUGAAGUGUGUGAGAUAUGUACUGAUGUGCGUGCCUGUGCGCAUGUGUACAUAAGACAAACAUAGACUCACAGACGCAUCGUGUGCGAUUGCGAGGGCGAGUGCGUGUCGUGCGUGUAAAAUUUUAUAAAUGUAUGUACAUGUAAAUUUAUAGGUCUAUAUAAAUAUAUAUGUACAAUUAUACAUGUUUAAUUAUGUGUGUGCCUAGGUGUACAUACCUAUGUAUGUAUACAAUAAAUAUGUAUACAUACACACAUAGGAAAGCAUGUUUAGGAUGGAGAUGAAUAAAUGAGAGUGUGCAAUAUUAGUAAUUCUUUGGUCCUUUGGAGCCAUACUUUAAUGGCACAGGCACUAUGAAUGUGUGAGCAGCACCCAACAAGACGAGCUCUUUUCCUUGUACAAACAGCAUCAGCCUUUUUUUCUUCUGCUACAGUACACGUCUAUCCCUGAAAGAGAGUGGACUGACUGGAGGUGCGAAAAGCCUUGUUUGGGCCUUGGGAGGAUGAUUAAAUGACGUUUUUAUUUUCUUUAAAUAAAGAGGCACAUUAGAGGACUUUGCUUUAUUUCCA